AUGUCAUUUAGUCCAGAGAACAUCGAGGUAUACGAAGCGUUUUCCAGGUACGAAUUCGAUUCGAAUAGAGAAUACAAGGAGGGUCUUGAGGUAGUGUAUCAGCAGUAUUUGAUGCUUGAAGGAGAUAAAGACUCGGAAAUAAAGAAGGAUUUGGAUGCAGGUAAAUUAGACUCGGGUAAGAUCAAGUCGGAUAUAAAAGAGCAGCUUACGACGCAGGCGAAGGUGUUUUUCUUCUGCAAACAGACUGGAAACAUUCUUGAUCUACAGGAAUACCAAAAAUGGGAGGAGACUAAUCAUGGUGGAAAGCCUCCUUACUCUCUUAACUAUGAGCAGUUAGUAGAUAUGAUAAUGAACAAUAAGCCGAUUCCCGGGAUAAAAACGAUUCCGGAUACUGUUCUAGAUUCAUCAAAAUCCUCCAAGCAUGUCUUGAGCGAACGGACCAAACCCUGGCAGUAG